AUGCCUGCUGCAGUGACUCAAAGUGCUUCCAUGAGCAUGCUAGAGACAGAACCCACUAACACAGAUUUCCAACAGGAAGGAGAAAUUGAUAAAGAGAUGCAAGGAAAAUAUCUCAGAAUGAUCUCUGCUGUGACUCCUGUAAAGCUAUACUGCUGCUAUGUAUUGAACAUGGGUCUCACUGUGGCUGUAAUUACACUUGUAGCUUUGUCAGUAGGAAAAGGAAAACUGGUCACUGAGUGCCCUGGACCUUGCUCUCCCACCUGCCCAACAGACUGGAUUGGAUUUGGAAGUCAAUGUUUUCAUUUUUCUGAACACACAAAUAACUGGACAUCCAGCCAGACCUCCUGCAUGGCACUAGCGGCCCAUCUAGCUCUAUUUCGCAGUCUGGAUGAGUUGAAUUUCCUGAAGAGAUACAAUGGUGAUUCUGACUUCUGGAUCGGCCUGUACAGAGAGUCACCAGAGCACCCUUGGAUGUGGACAAACAACACUGAAUAUAACAACUUGGUUCCUAUCCGAGGAGGAGGAGAAUGUGCCUACCUGAGUGACAGCGGAAUCAGCAGUGGCAGGGGCUACACACGUAGGAAAUGGAUUUGUAGCAAGCCUAAAGCUACUCUUUAA